CCAAUCCGCCCCUGAGAGCCGCGGCCCCAAACCCUCCCUCUGGAGCCGCUGCUUUGACUUCGCAUUUCCUUCCCACAAACUUCCUGCCUCUCCUCCUCCUCCUCCUCUGGAGCCGCUCCCGACAGGAGGCGGUUUGCGCGCUCGGAGUCGCGGGGACCGUUCACAGGCUAUCAGAUGGCAGAUUGUGUGAGUAAGGUGGAACUGAGUAUCUCCUGCGAUAAUUUGCUGGAUAAGGAUGUUUUUUCCAAGUCUGAUCCACUCUGUUCGCUCCUCCUGAACACUGGUGGGAAUCAAUGGGUAGAGAUUGGCCGCACAGAAAUGGUUAAAAACUGCCUGGAUCCGAAGUUCUCCAAGAAGUUCCUGUUAGAUUACUAUUUUGAACAGGUUCAGAAAUUGAAGUUUGGAGUUUACGAUAUUGACAAUGAAACAUUUGAUUUGGGCGAUGACGACUUCCUGGGAGAAUUUGAAUGCACUCUGGGACAGAUUGUAUCCAGCAAGAAACUGACCAGACCUCUUAUGCUAAGAAACGGGAGACCUGCAGGAAAAGGAACAAUCACGAUAUUUGCAGAAGAAGUAAACGAUAACCGGGUGGUAAACUUUGAAGUCCAAGCACGGAAGUUGGAUAAAAAGGAUUUUUGGGGAAAAUCAGAUCCUUAUUUGGAAUUCUGCAAACAGACUGAGGAUGGGAAGUGGCAGAUGGUACAUCGAACAGAGGUUAUUAAAAAGAAUUUAAACCCCACUUGGAGACCAUUUAAAAUUCCACUCCAGUCCCUGUGCAAUAGUGACAUGCAGAAGCCUAUUAAGGUAACGUGCUAUGAUUAUGACAAUGAUGGGUCGCAUGAUCUAAUAGGUACAUUUGAAACAAACAUGGAGAGGCUGCAAGAAGCAACGCAGAGUUCACCAGCGGAGUUUGAGUGCAUUAAUCCAAAGAAGAAACAGAAAAAGAGAAGUUACAAAAAUUCGGGGAUAGUGAGUUUCAAACUGUGUCAGGUUGUGAAGGAAUACUCAUUUCUGGACUACAUUAUGGGUGGAUGUCAGAUGAACUUCAUUGUCGGGAUCGAUUUUACAGGCUCAAAUGGGGACCCUCGUUCACCUGACUCCCUACAUCAUAUCAGUCCUAAUGGAUUUAAUGAAUAUCUGAUGGCAAUCUGGUCUGUUGGAAUGAUCAUUCAAGACUAUGAUACAGACAAAUUGUUCCCAGCGUUUGGAUUUGGGGCACAGAUUCCUCCGAACUGGCAGGUAUCACACGAGUUUGCACUUAACUUCAAUCCUGCCAAUCCAUUCUGUGCAGGCGUGCAAGGGAUUGUGGAUGCCUACCGCAACUGUUUGCCUCAAGUCAAGCUAUAUGGGCCUACAAACUUCUCUCCCAUUAUAAACCAUGUGGCCAGAUUUGCAGCUGCAGCAGCGCAGCAGCCAACAGCUUCUCAAUAUUUUAUCCUGCUGAUCAUCACGGAUGGAGUGAUCACUGAUUUAGAUAAUACUCGACAAGCCAUAGUCAAUGCUGCUAAACUGCCGAUGUCCAUCAUCAUUGUCGGUGUUGGUGGUGCUGACUUUAGUGCCAUGGAAUUCCUGGAUGGUGACGACUGUGUUCUAAGAUCACCCACGGGGGAAAUAGCCAUCCGGGAUAUCGUACAGUUUGUGCCUUUUAGAAAGUUUCAUCAUGCAACCAAAGAAGCUCUUGCACAAAGUGUAUUAGCUGAAUUGCCUCAGCAAGUGGUGUGCUACUUCAACACACGGAAACUGCACCCUCCCAAUGAGCCAAAUCCUUAAGAGCUCCUGGAUUCAUGACAACAGCAAUUUGCAUUUAUAUAGCACCCUUCAUGUGGGGUAGCAUCCUAGAGUGCUUAUCAAGCAUUUGCAAUGCGCCAAACUGACUAAUGCACUAAUGUAAUUUUUAAAAUACAUCUUUCAGAAAUGACAGUGUUUUACAAAAUUAUAAUAAACCUUGUACUUGGUGUUAAUUACAUCAGUAACUUUUUAUUGGUGUAAAUUAUUGAAACUUUGUUCAUUCUGCUGCAAUAUCCUUAUUAUUUGUCAUUUAUGUAAAUUAUGUUCUUUUGGAUUUUGUUUUGUGAUGUUCGAAGCAGCAGUUUUUGUUUAGCCUCCAAAGCAUUGCAUAAUUUUUAUGCUGUUGUGUAAACUCAUAGUAAUUCAGUCUUUGGAUUUUUAGACUGCAUGCCUGCAUCCUGCACUGAUGCAUGGAUCAGCUGGAAUGAAGUCAUAUGAUUACAAAUGAUUCACAAAUCAUGAUUGGUAUUAUAAUGCAUUACAUUAGCAUAUCAUAACAAAUUUCUUUUAAAAAAUAAAUGAUAAGAAGUAAUUGAAUAUUAAAAUUAGAAGCACAUUUAAAAAGUAAUUUUUCUUUGGGCUGCAUUAUUCAGCCUUUGAUAUACAUUUUUCAAACUAGUGCAAUUUUAGUCUUGUUGCUCUGCUUACUUUUUACUUAAUAUAUAUUUAUUUACAUCAUAGUUUAUCAUUUUUAAUCUCAAGGUUUUUAUUUCAAACCUGGUGUAUAAACAGAAAAAAAUGUGCUAGUUACCCACUAAGUAAGUAUCAUUAAUGCUGAGCUGUGCCUACAUUAUUCAGUCAGGUCUACCCAUUAGAGAAAUAAUACAAGAGGAACCCAGGUUCCUCUACAGUUAAUACUUCAAUCUCUGACUUACUUACAUUGAUAAAGAUUUCAUAUUGUACGAGAAAUGCAGCUUUUUAUAUUCAGGUACUCUUAUCUUACAGAAAUGAUCUAGUGUAAUAGUCAUUUGUACUUUUCUACUUUUUUUCUGUACAUGUUUGCACGUGCCAUCAAAAUUAAAACUGGCCUGAAAAAUUAGAUGUUCA